GCCAUGGCGGCCCAGUUGUUUGGCUCUCUAGAUAUGGGUACUGUGUACAUAUGUACCUCGUCCAGAAGCAUACCCCCUGCUGCCAUCCCGUUGCUUGAUAUAACCUUCGCUUCCCAGCCCAACACCGCCUCGUCCUACCGUCUUGAUCAAGACGCCUCACUAGAGACCGCGACCUUACAACCAUCUUCACGUUCCUGCUCUGGGCCGACUUCUGUUCUCAAUAACACUUCACAAUACUGAGACGACAUGGCUCUCGGGAACUUGCCUCCAACCACCGCUAGCUGGGGCCGCUGGCCUCACCCUCCACACGCCGGUGCUGACUUCAACAUGGUGGACGCCACUAUGAUGCCUUACGACUGCCGGGACGCCGCCACUGCUCAUAUCCCCCGCCCAGAGUUGGCUCAGCACUUUCUGCCAGGUCCAUUCACUGCAGCUCCCGUGUCCUCGAUACCAUCCCCAGCCUCUUCUCACUACCACGCCGCUGUCACGUACAAUGGAUACAAUCCCUACAGCCAGCCGCCGUUGCUGGAUGGGCCUUUCAAAUCCCACGAUUGCCUGGAACGUAUGCAGCCACGCGUUCUGGCCCCUGAGCCGAGUGUCGACAGGGCGGUCCAGGACAGUGCCGAUGGGUUGGUUCUCGUUAAGAGGAGCCGCAGUCCAUCGAUCAAGAACGAGGCAAGAUCAGAUGUGUCGGACUCUCCAUCACCCAAGGUCUGCACCCCGAACGAGCCGGCGCAAGCGCCUCGUGGCGUGCACCAGUUCAACACCGCCAUCGACGAACUUGUCAGGGUAAUUGACGAGAAGCGUGACAUUAUCGGGGCGCCGGACAAGCCAGAACCAGGGAGUGGCCUCGGAAAGAAGGAGGGAACUCAGCGAGGCCGUGCCAAGGUGAAGCGGAAACUGUUUUGCUGUGACUUUCCCCGGUGUACCAAGGCGUUUGCCCAAAAGAACAACCUCGAGACUCACCGGAGAUCGCACACUGGCGAAAGCCCUUACGCCUGCCCCUUCUGCCCCCACCGCUUUACACAAAGUGUCAACCUCAAGUCACACGUCAACCGCCAUCUCGGAAAAAAGCCCUACAAAUGCCCACAGUGUCCCAAGAUGUUCGCUCAACCCUCGAACGUCAAGGCACACAUCAAAACACACAUCCCAAGGGGAUCGAGAGCGGGCUGGGUUUGCCGCUUUGGAAACUGCCAGAAGGCCUUCACCGCCAAGGGAAAUCUCAAGAACCAUCAAAACACGUACCACGGGGACGAGAUCGAAGCCUUCAAGGUCAAGUUGGCCAACGUGGUCGACGACAGCAUGAUCUCUGAGGAAGAAAGGGAGAUGGCGAGGUACAUCACCGAGAUCCACAACCUGGCGAACAAGGGAAUCAAGGGGCGCGGCAAGGGCUGCAAGGUCAAACGAGUCAUGCUCCUGCAGCCCCCGCAGCAGCAGCUGCAGCAGCUCCCAUCCCCAGCGUCCAGCCCGAGCACACCCACAACCGUCGUCCACUCAGCUGCGCCGUACUCAAUGUCCCUCCUACCCCACGGUCUCCCCAACAUGCAUACUCCGCCGCAGCAACAGCAAACGGCCGCGGCGUCGGUGUACCACGGUCACCACCACCAGCCCUUCUAUCACGGCCUGAGCCACCCGGCCGCCUACAGCAUGGGCCGGGGACCGCCGCCCAACAUGAUCUUUGGCGGACCGCUCACUCUCAACACCCGCGACGCCUACUCUCACCAUGGCGCUUAUGGCAUGCUGGACUCGGAUCAGCUCAGCGACGCCAGCAGUGUGCAUGACUCCACACCAGUCAUGGACCUGGCCUUUGGCGAGAGGCUGUACUGAUGAGUCCGGGCGCGGAAGAACCCUGGGGUUGCAUUACGAUGGAAAUGGGCUGGCGGGGUGGUAGGUUCUCUGUUUUUGCUUGCUUAUUCCUCUCUCGCCUUGAUAUACCUUGGGCAGGCUGUC